UUGCCACCAAAGUUCCUAGGCAUUAACCUGGGAGCUCACCAUCUCAUGUACCAGAUAGUAACCAGACAAAGACAAAAGGUGGUCCUACUCAGAGUACCUGUGGAGCAGCAUCUCACAUCCACACAACCAAAACUUCCAGCUCCUUAAGAUUGGAUGGGGAUAGAUCAGACAAAUUCUUCAUCUCCUUCAUUUAUCCUACUAUGGAAUUCCACUAUUCUCCCACCAUGGCUCAUACCACAAGCAGCCACCUUCAUGCUGUCCUUGAAAGCUAAUGAAGAAGAAGCAACCAGAGAACCAUGGACCUGAGCAGCAGCUUGAGAUCCUCAAGGCAGUGGCACAAGCCUGGCACAGCCACUCCAGCGGCUCCAGAGCGGCCACCAGCAGCGAGUUCGACGCCCGCCGUCUUAACUUCAAGAGCAGGCCUUCCCGGUUCAGGGUCGAGGCGAUGAACGGUAAGCCAGUUGUGCCUUCCAAGGGCAAGGACGGUCUCGGUGGCGGCCCCUGGGACUUCAGGCAAUCCCUGUGGGAUUCGUACGAGAUCGUGACGGUCGCCAAGAAGCUCGAGGCGAGGUUGAAUUUGGAUGACCCGUUUGGCGAGUUGCCCGGGGCCGGUAGAGCCAUUAGGAGGAAGAGGGAAAGUAGGAAUAGCUUGAGGAAUCUGUUCAAUCUGAUGUCCUCGAGAAGAUUUAACGACCCUGAUGCUCCUAGUCCGAGUUCACGAGAUAAUCAAUUUUGAUCAAAUUCACCUGACAUUAGCCCCA